AAUUUAGUACUUUUCGACACUUCCUUCUAACAGCUUUGUGGUAAAUAAGUCUGUUGGUUUGUGAUUAAAGAUAAGAAGACAAAACGGAUUCCAAAACAAAAAGGUUUUCGUUUCCGGUUGCAGUAUAGAUACACAACCCAACAUACAUUUUUUUUUUCGAUUUUUAUAUUCCAUUCUACCAGUUCUCCGCGACUUCGAGGACGUUGAGUCAACCACGAAUGGUUUGUAAGCGGAUUCUUGAUUCAGAAUACGGUGAUAGCGCGUAGUGAGUGAAACACGAAAAAAAUAUUAUGUGUUAACGGUGACAAUCAAUAUGAUGGCAGUGAUGAAUUUAUUUUGUUUGAUGAUUAUUUUAGUUAUUAGUGGAUUUGUAGGUUUAAUUUCUUGUAUAACAAUAGAAAUUCAAAAUGCGGUGAUAAACGAAACUGAAUAUAUUUCUGAGAGAGGAGAUGAUGUUGUUAUUAAAUGUAGUCACCAUCAUCCCAUAGAAUGGCAAUAUCCUAGAAAUAACUUACCCAUAACACCCUUUAUAAGUGAGGAAUUUGAUGGUGAAUAUAAAUCGAUAAUUCAAGUUUUUGAUGUUGACCAUCCCGCUGUUGGUUUUUAUACUUGUGCGGAAAAAGAUAACCAAUACACAAAUAAAUCGAUUUAUAUUUAUGUUAAUAACGCAAGUAAAUUAUAUGUGGAGACAGAGGGUAAUGGAAUAUUAAGUGGUCGAGAACAUAAACCUCUUGUGGUUCCUUGUAAACCAACAUCACCAUUGGUUAAUGUUAGCCUUUAUGAAAUGGGUGAUAAUGAUACAAAAAUACGUAUACAAAUGAAUAAACGAAACUCUGAUGGCACUUUAUGGAAUUACGAUAGAAGAAUAGGGUAUAUAUGGCAACAUCCUAUGCAAACAACUCCCAAAUAUGUAAUUUGCGAGUUUGGCAAUUCUAAAUCGGAAAUAGAAUAUUCUUUUGCAAUUUAUAAAAAAGUUGAAUUUGUGGAUGUUCCCAAAAUCGAUAAUGGUACCGUGGAAGAUUUUUUCUCCGAAGAACACCCUUUAACUCUAACUUGUUCUAUAGAGUAUGAUACGCAACAACUCGCACCUUUCCUUAAAUGGUUUAUAAACGGUACGGAGAUCAAGCACUCCACCGAUCGGAUACAAACAACAAACGAAACAAUUUUUGGUAAUUUCAUAUCAACGUUAAGUCUUAACAUUACAAAAUUAAGUAAAUCACAAGAUGAAGGUAGAUACACCUGUAUGGCUUACGACGACGAUAAUAAAGAAGAAUCUGUUAAUUCUACUUUGAAUAUAAAUAACAUAUUAAAAAAAGGUAAACAUUUUGUUGAAAUUUACGAAGAAAACUCAAUUAAUAGCAUAACAAUAAAUAGUACUACAACAGCUACUUGGGGUGUAAAUGUAAAGGCUUUUCCUAGAGUGGAGGUUGAAUGGUACAAAAAUAAUGAAAGAAUUGAUAAGGGAACAAAAUACAAAUUCACAAAAAAUGGCUUCAAACACAUUCUAACAAUUAGUGAUAGCACCAUCGACGAUAUGGGAACAUAUACGAUUAAAGCUAAUGAUUUAAAGAAGACCUCAUUAAAUCUAAAUUUAAUAGUUCAAAGCAAACCCCAAGUUAAACUGGGAGUAAAUCCAAUUAAUCUAGUUAAUAAAGAAAGUGUGGUUAAUUGUUCGGUAACUGGGUAUCCUCAACCGGAUGUUUUAUUGUUUUUCAAACAAGAUUGUCAAGAUUGCGAAUACAAAAAAAUUAUACCUAAUAAGAGAAAUAACAAGUCUCUUUAUGAAAUUGAUUUUUCGAUGACGAUUCAAAGCAAUCAAUCCGGAUUUGUAAAAUGUAUAGCUAACAAUUCGUAUGGGGUUUAUGAAAAAGUAAAAAACUUUGUCGUUAGCGACGUUAAAGAUGGAUUUCAAAUUUGGUUGGAGGAAAAUAACGAAGAAAUUAGUUUCAACAGGAAUUCGAAUACAUUAAAAAUGGCAAUUGGAGAUAGCGUAACGUUUUAUUGCGCAGCGGAUAAACAAAAGUACCCAGGAGAUAUCAAUUGGACCCACAAUUCGAGGAAUAUUACAAAUGUCGAUAGGAGUUAUACUAAAUAUUCCAACAAAACAUUUUUUUCUAUUCAAAAAUUAAGUAGACAUGAUACUGGUAAUUAUUCGUGUCAAAAUUUAAAAAAGGAUUUAAACGUUUUCUUAAAUGUCACAGAUCCUCAACCACCUAGAAUUUUAAAUACAAAUUUAAAUUUGCAACACGACAAUUUAAUAUUUCCAAAUAAGCAUGAAUUAUUUUGUAACGUUGAUGGAAUUCCAAGACCGAAAGUGACAUGGCAAAAAGAUGGCCACGAAUUUAUUCCAGAUGAUAUCAGAAUUAAACUUACAGAUAAUAAUCAAAAACUAAUUUUUACUAAAACGCACGUCCAUGAUGAAGCAACCUACCAGUGUACAAUCACUAAUAAAGUCGGGGUUAUACAUAAAUCCACUUUCAUGGGAUUUUCAAAUAGAGCCGAAACCAAACCUUACAUAUACGUAAUCAUCGCAAUUUUAGUUGCGGCCACAUCAAUCAUUUUACUAUGUCUAUGUUUGAAAAUACGAAAGGAAAACGAACUAAAACGCGUAUUAAGAAGCGCUGGAUUAGAACAUUUCGAAAAAGGUCAAAUCGAAUCAAUUAAUCCCGAAAUAGGAAUCGAUGAACAAGCUGAACUUUUACCGUACCACAAAGAACGUUGGGAAAUACCUAGGGAUCAUAUUAAAUUGGGGAAACAACUCGGUGCUGGAGCUUUUGGUGUCGUUAUGAAAGCCGAAGCGAUCGGGUUAAACAACGAUAAAGAAACGACGAUUGUCGCUGUAAAAAUGGUUAAGAAAAACGUCGAUUUCUCCUAUUUAAAAGCUUUAAGUUCGGAAUUAAAAAUAAUGGGAAAUUUAGGACAACACAUAAACGUUGUUAACUUACAUGGGGCUUGUACUAAAAAUAUUGCCAAAGGAGAACUUCUUGUUGUAGUGGAAUUUUGCCGAUUUGGGAAUAUACAUAAUUAUUUGUUGAGACAUCGAGGAAAUUUCGUUAAUCAAAUUGACCCAGAAACGAAUAUUAUUGAUUAUAACAUCGGGGCUGAGUUAUUAGAAAGAAGUUUUUCUAUUUCAAGUAGUCACAGUCAAGAUACGAAUAACCCGAGUGAUAUGCAAGAUUACCGCGAUAAUUACAAUAACACAACAGCUCGAACCCAAUACACAGCAACAACGACGGUUUGUAUGACCCCAACUGGGCAUGAUGAGCCACUAACAAGUAACAACAGCGUUCAACCGGAAUGGAGAUCGAAUUAUAAAGGGGAUUACAAAGGAAAAAUCAAACCGAUUUGCACCAAAGAUUUAAUAACUUGGGCUUUUCAAGUUGCUAGGGGAAUGGAGUAUUUAGCUUCGAGGAAAGUUCUUCACGGCGAUUUAGCCGCACGAAAUAUUUUGUUAUCCGAUAAUAACAUCAUAAAGAUUUGCGAUUUUGGGUUGGCUAAACAAAUGUAUAAAGACGAUAAUUACAAAAAGCAACAUAACAGCCCUUUACCGAUUAAAUGGAUGGCAAUUGAGUCUAUAACAGAUCGUGUAUUCUCAACUCAAUCAGACGUUUGGUCUUUUGGAAUUGUGAUGUGGGAGUUAUUCUCUUUGGCGAAAACUCCAUAUCCUGGAAUGGAAGCAGAUGAAAAACUUUAUCAUAAAUUAGUAAAUGGAUAUAGGAUGGAAUGUCCACCUUAUGCAACACCGGAAAUAUAUGAUGUAAUGUCGGAUUGCUGGGAUAAAAAACCAAUGUUAAGACCAACAUUCACUAAAUUAACAGAACGCAUUGGAAACUUAUUAGAACAAUCAGUUUUAAGAUACUACAUCGACUUAAACGACCCAUAUUUAAAAAUGAACACAAAACUUUUCGAAGACAUUCAAAGUGAUUAUCUUAAAAUGGCGAGUCCCACCGAUUUCCAAAGUUUAUCAACACCCCAAUACGUUAAUUACGACUCCGGAAUUUCGAGUCCAAUUCCAGGUCAACCCUAUUUGUUAAUGAAACCAGGGCACAUUUUCAGUCCAAGAACAUUGAAAGACGGCGAAGUAUUCACAUUCGAUGACAUCAACAAAAAACGUCAAAAUGAAAAGGAAUGUUUGGAAAUGACGCCGAUGUUAAAUUUAAGGGAUUUGGAUAAUUUAUCGAAACCUAAUUCUCCGGAACCCGAAGAGAUACCGAGUUUUUCUAAUCCGAGUUAUAAUAAGAUGCCUUUGAUUACCGAUGAUAUAAAAACUAAAGAUAAUUAUGUUAAUAUGCCACAGAAUAAAAACAUUAAUAGUUUUGUGAAUGUUGAUGAGAAAAAUAAGAAUCAAGAACAUCAUUAUGUGAAUAGUGUUAGUAGGGAUUGGGAAAGAGAUGUUAUUAUGGCUUAAAUAUAAUCAAUUUUUGGAUUACUUACAAAAGAAAAUGUGCCAUAUUAUGUCAUAAUCAAUUUUUUUUAACAAAAUA